AUGAUUUUUUCAACCUCCUUCUUUAUUACGGUUGUCUACGCGCUUUUGAUAAGUGGCGCUGAAUCGACCCACGACUCUCAAAAAGAUCACUCAAAGUCAACAUUCACCUACGACCAACUAUGGAACCUUGAGAAAACCUUCUGGGAUGCUUUUCUUUAUCCCGCAAACAAAAUCCAGAUUCAAGGAAAUGCAUCCACUAUCUUCGCAUCCGAUGUACAAGGUCGCGUCGACAUUACCCGAACAUUCGACGGCGACGAACUAAACCGCGAAUACAUCUUCGGCCUUUUCGCAGACCCAACCGCAAUCAGUCUCGUGGGCAUCCCAAUUGAUUACAGCAUCACCCAGUUCUCAGCAAACGACAACAUCGCCUCAGCGACAACUGUCGUCACAUUCAACGCGACCACAUUCGGCGUGACAAUCCCCGUCACAAUCGACACAUGGAUGGAAUUCAACAAAGAUGGCAAAAUUGCACAGUACGAUGCCGUAUUCCGCUGGUUCGACUAUCUCUUGAACUACUUGCUGGAAUCCACUGCGACUAAAUACAACACUACUUCCGCGGGUGCUGUUUCAAUCGUUACUGAUAUCCUUGCCAAGGAUAUCUGCAAGACUCAUGAUCAGUAUUGCACUGGGGAUAACCAGCAAUAUCCCGCGGAUGGCGUCAGUUGCUAUGACUAUUUGACCCAAAAGAUUCGAUUCGGGCAGAGUUAUGAACUGGGUCGCAACACACUUUUGUGUCGUGAGGUUCACGAUCAUAUGGUGCAGUAUAGACCCGAUAUUCAUUGUGCGCAUAUCGGUCCUACUGGCGGUGGUUAUUGUGUUGAUGAUAUGAGCUACACGCAAACUGUUCUUCAGCGGUAUUUUAAUGAUUCGUGGAUUCCGUUUGGGUAUGGUCAGAAGCAAGAUGUGUGGCUUGCGAACUGA